ACGUAGAGGAGGAGGUGGACGUAGAGGAGGAGGUGGACGUAGAGGAGGAGGUGGACGUAGAGGAGGAGGUGGACGUAGAGGAGGAGGUGGACGUAGAGGAGGAGGCGACAUGGCGGCCCUGCUGCUGCUGAGCGAGGCGGAGAAGGCCUUCAUCGUGCACGGCGUGCAGGACGGAGUCCGCGGGGACGGGAGAGGAUGCGAGGACUUCCGGGUGGUGGAGCUGGAGACCGAGGUGGUGUCCAACACGAGCGGCUCCGCGCGCCUCCGCCUGGGUCAGACGGACGUAUUGGUGGGAGUGAAGGCCGAGCUGGGCUCGCCGCGUCCGGACUGCCCUGACGAGGGAUACCUGGAGUUCUUCGUCGACUGCUCCGCCAACGCCACCCCAGAGUUUGAGGGCCGGGGCGGCGAGGAGCUGAGCCUGGAGAUCUCGAGCGCGCUGCAGCGCUCCUUCGCGCACGCCGGCUGUCUCGACCUGCGCUCGCUCUGCAUCCUCCCGCGCCAGCAGUGUUGGGUGCUCUACGUGGACGUGCUGCUGCUGGAGUACGGGGGAAACGUGUUCGACGCCGCCUCCAUCGCCGUCAAGGCCGCGCUCUUCAACACCAGGAUCCCGACGGUGCACGUGAGCGAGGACGAAGAGGGCGUGCGGGAAAUCGAGCUGUCCGACGACCCCUACGACUGCGUGCGCCUGGAGGUGGCGCGCGUGCCGUGCAUUGUCACGCUCAGCAAGAUCGGGGAGCGGCACGUGGUGGACGCGUCGCUGGAGGAGAGCUGCUGCUGCCGCGCCAGCCUCUUGGUGUCCGUGACGGCGGCGGGCGCAAUCACCGGCCUACGCAAGGCCGGGCCCGGCAGCCUGCACCCCGACAGCGUGUGUCACAUGAUCGAGACCGGCAAGCGAGUGGGCGUGUCGCUGCACAAGGCCCUGGACGCCGUCCUGCAGCACGAGGAGUCGCAGGGCACCAAGAGGGAGAAAGUCGGCUUCCUCGGAUGACACGGAGCCGCGCGGAGCUCUCCCACACACACCUGUUUGAAUAUUUUUUUGCCACGCAAUAAACGUCUCGUUUUGUA